CUACAAGUUACCACCCCUUCCCUCUUUCUUAUCUAUCUGUGAGUCAGAGUCAUUGGUCGCAUUUAAUACGGUCACCGGUUCCUCUCUGUCAUCCGUACCAUCAUUCACCGCCUAUUUCCGGUCAACCUGUCACCCCAAGCCUCCGUCAAUUCCUCCUUAUUACUAUACUACUACCACCGAAACCCUUCCCUCUGUUGAUUGAGAUUGAUAUUCAUAGCUAGCUAGAUCGAUCUCUUCGACGAAAUUGAUUGAUUAGCACACAACAUUAUAAGAGUGAGCAAAGGUCCUGUUAAUUACAGAUGGAACUAGAAGCCAUGGACACCAAAGAGUUGAUGAUGAUGAUGAUGAUCAAAAUGGAGAAUCAGAAUAAUCCGUAUCCUCCUCAUAUGCACAUGGAUAUGGAUAUUCCUUCUGACCCGUUUUCAUCAUUACCAGUACUGGAUCAGACUGCUUUUGGGUCCGAGCAAAAGACUUCCUUAGGGUUCAUGGAGUUAUUGCAGGGUGGUCUUCAUGAUCAUAACUAUUCAUCUCCUUCUUCUUCUUCUUCCGUCUUUGACAUUAAUAAUAUGAUGAUGAUGUACCACCAUGACCAUCAGCUGCCAUCACCACCAUCAUCAUCGUCAGCUCAUGAUCCUCAUUCGAACCAACAUGAUCAUGAUCAUUACAAGGAGGAGGAUGUAACUGUUGAUGAGGUUGCUGGAGAAGAAUCAUCGAUAUCGGUGGUGUUAAAUGUGCACCCUUCAAUUUCAUCACCGAAUUCUUCUUCCCUCUCCUCACCUGCUGCUGCUACUGUUGAUCAACGACUACACAAACCCCUGAAACAGUGCAUGGAAUCGAAGAGAACAAAGGUGGGUGCAGAUGAUGAGAGAAAGACAUUAAAGAAGAAGAAAGAGAGAGAAGCAAGAUUUGCAUUCAUGACGAGGACUGAGAUUGAUCAUCUGGAUGAUGGCUACAGAUGGCGCAAGUACGGCCAGAAAGCUGUCAAAAAUAGCCCUUUCCCGAGGAGCUACUACAGGUGCACAAGUGCAUCUUGUAAUGUGAAGAAGAGAGUGGAGAGGUGUAUGGGUGAUCCCUCCUUCGUUGUUACCACUUACGAAGGUCAACACAUCCAUCCAAGCCCUUGUGCUGCACCUACUCUUAAAAGUCCAUCCUUUAAUCAUCAUCUCAACAACACCAUCAUCAUCAAUCCCACCACCUAUAAUUAGCUAGCUCUGUAUCUAUAGCUAUGCUGAAACUAUAGACCAAGGAGCAGCUAGCUGCAGGUCUUCUUGAUCAGGAUAUGCUAUCCACAAGCAACACUUAAUUCGUCACUCAUUCAUCAUGCAUCUUCGAUCGUCUUUUAGUUAUAUAUAUCAAAGAUCCAAGCAUUAAUUAAUACGUACCUUGUUUCCAGUGUAUAUAUAGCUAGCACUAGCAUGGAAGACCUUAGUUUUUACUUUAUUAAUCGAUCCCGGUCUUUUGUAGAUAGGAAUGGCCUGUGACGUCAAUUAUAUAAACCUAGCUGCUUGUCUUUUACCAAACGCCAAACAAUUUAAUUAUUGC